UGUCUUCAGCUUUGUGUAAUAUAUCUUUAGAUUUUAUUUCUAUUUUGGUUUCUCCAGUUUCCUCUUUUUCCUCUCCGAUGUAGCCUCCUUCUUUCUUUUCGCUUUCUUGCUCUUCCUUAGUCUUUUGUAGUGCUUGAACUAGCAAUUUCAGACAAGCUUCAGCAUCUGCCCCCGAUGUCUUCAGCAUCAAGUUCUCUGCAAUGUCGGCCGAAGUCAUGUUCGUCUUGUCCGGGCAACUCUUCAAUCCCGAUUCAAUGUGCAUGUCCAUCCUCCCUCUCCGGAUCAGAGCCGGGUCGAGUUGCUCCACACGGUUCAUGGUGAACACGAUUACUUGUUCUUUAGUGCACUCUAACUAAAUCCCGUUGAUGAAAUUCAAAAACCCAGAUAAAGUUACCUUGCUUUCAUCACUCCACUCGUGCCAUCCUGCUGGGUGGAUGACAUCGCUGAUCGUGGAUUGCAUUAUGAUGGUCCUCGAACAGUGCUUCCACGGCCGGCCCAAGUAAGUCCCGAAGCUGCCCCUUAUGCGUUGUAAAUCAGGAGUGGCACCGAUUCUGCAUUUCUGGAUGACGAUUCCAGUAUUCUGAUGUGGGCCGUGACAAUGUUUUUCUGUCCGAGACCGGGUCGUCGUGCGUGGAUCUCUCAAUCCUUUCAUAACACCGCUGAUCCGUUGAAGCACCAAGCCAUUGCCCUCCCCGUAUUCAUGGCGAUCUCUCCAUUUUCUCCGGCUUCUUACAAACCAGUUUGCCAGUUUUGGUCAAAGGGUUGCUGCAAGUAUGACAGUAACUAUCGGUUUCUGCAUCCCGAUCAUCAAUCUCUAGUCGCCGUUAAGAAACUGGCUCAUUCAACUUCGAGUACUGCCCACUCUUGCUGCUGAUUUUCUGAAGGUAUCCUUGCUUCCUUUUAUGUUGCUUUGUUGAUGUUGAGGUUUUCCAAGAUGUCCCUAUUUUUUCAUAUCCUUAGCUUUACAGUUCUUUUGUUGAACAAGAAGAAAAGAAAAAAAGAAGAGAGGAAAUGCUAUACCAAAUCUUGUAAUUUGUAUAGAUCUCCAACAAUCAAUUAACAUUAUAAUAGGCAUGUUAUGUAAUCAAAGGUGUUUUGAAUUUAAAACUACAUUAUUUAUGAGUAAAUAGUGAUUUUCUACACUUAAAAAACAAAUUUAGCAUGCACCUAUAACCAAGUACAUAUGUACCAAAUAACUUUCAAAAGAAAGAGAAAAAAAUCUCUCUCUUCAUUAAAUAUCAUGAGAGAAAAAUGGAAAAUGAAACAUAAAAUACAAAGAAAUUUUAAUUUUGAUAAGGAUUUUUGUAGAGAUACUAUGCUAACCAUUAGAGCAAUAUUUAAAUAAAAUUAAAAGAAAAUUAUCAGAUUAUCUAAUAAUUUCUCAAAUAAUUAGACGUGGAAACCACAUCCAGUUCCCUUUCCACCUUUCCCUUUUCAUAACUCACAUGACUUAUGAAACAGUUGUUUUUCUUUUGUUACAUCUCAAAUUUUCAACCAUCCAUAGUAAAAUUCAUCAAAUCCUACAUCUCAAAGACAAAACGAAUAACUUAUUCCA